CAGGGCUGCGUUACGUGGGCGGUGCUCGAGUGGUCGAGUCGGGCGCGGAUAUAAGCUGGGAGAAAAGGUGUCAGAUGCAAGGUGUAUGUCUGGGACGGCGGCUCUGCAGGAUGGGGCUUGGUACGACAGAUGACGGUUGUGGUGCUGACUUAAGCUGAGUGAGAUUUCUGCCUUGGGUCAGUGAGCAAGAGUUUCUAUCUACACAGACAGAAACAGCCAUAAGAAUUAAACGCUGUUAACUCUGACUAAGAGGUGGUCAUUAGAGACUAAAUACUAAGUCUAGAUUUUGAAGCUGUAGUCUAAAACAUGCCACAAACCAAUAGCGAAUGCGUAAUUUCUUGUGUUACGCUGAUGAGAAGGAGUGUUUCUGAGCAAGCACACGUCUGUCAAGACCAUUACAAUCUCAUGUUUCUCUGAGGAGGCUAAAUGCAAGCAUCGGUCUUGAAGUUGUAUAACUUGCUUAGCUUUGCGCUGUGCCUGUACCAGCAUACCUCUUCCUUCAGUACAGAGCUUGGUGUGGAACACAGUUCGCCUGAGAAGCAGGGAGAUGAGCCUGUAUUGAGUUGUGCUUUUCUGUAUUGUCUGUCUGUAGCCAGACUAAUUAUCUUGAAUAUGUGGAUUUUAGUCAGCAGUUGUUUUACUUUAAAAGUAAAUAUAGUAGUAUUUAAUAAAUAUAGUAAUUUGUUAUGGAUGAAGCUGUCUACACAAGCAGCAUUUAUUGGUUUAGUAUUUAGUUUAUGCAGUUUAGAAUACUGCUGGGAUGGUGUUCAGUAAAGCUAGAGUGGUUGUUUUGUAGUUUUUUUUUUUUUUAGUAGCUUCACUGAUUCCAGAACUACUUGUGUCUAUUUUCUUGUAAUUAUUGUAAUUUCUGAAGCUUCUUUGAUGGUCUUGCAUCAUUUUUUGUGAUCCUAAUGUGCUAGCGAGUAGAAAAAAGGUCAGAAGGAUUGCUUUUACACAACUAAAACUGGACACAGUGAGAAUUAGCAAAGGAGAAAACAGCUGCAGCUCUCCCAGGGAUGUGAUAAAAGCAAAUGGAAUAAAAAUUUCCUCGCAGUGAAAUGUGAGGUGAACAAAAGGCAGUAUAUUGAGCUUAAAGAACAUGGAAAAAAAUGGGAAGAUUCCUGCAUUUAGUGGGGAAAAAACACUAUCUGGUCCACACAUUCUCUUCCUAUUUCAUCAGUUUAGCAGUCAGUAUGGUUAAAUCUGGAUGGUUUGCUAGUGAAACUGUGAUUGUACUACUGAGUACCACUUGUAAUCUGUCUGGGAAUUCACAGAGAUACUGUGACCUAGCAGGUGAUGGGUACAGGCAGACUGACUGAAUAAGUACCUUUCUUCUCAAAAAACAGGAGGUUUUAUGAGGUUAUAAGGGUACAGAAGUCUAAAUCAGCCACAGUUUGUGUGCUGAAUUUCAAAAACUUCAUGUUCUUCGCUUGUGAUAAAUGUGAGAACAGCUUAACCUAAGAUUUUUAGACUGAGCACCUUUGCGUUUGAGUUGGACCAAGAGUGCCGCAACCAGUUAGUGUAAUUUGCCUGGUAUACUAUAGUUUGCUGUAGUCUGAGCUUCAAACUUAAAUGUAGGACCUUAUGAUAUUUCAUGCUUCUGUUCUUAAGGGUUCAAAUACUGUACAACUACUGAUGAAGAACCUAGUGUUGUGGUCAACGUAGUGCUUUGUAUUACUAGUCUUUUCUAGUGCAGCAAGGAAAAGCACUUCAUGAUUGAACAGAUUGGUUCCAGUUUUUCACUUGCGCUGCUAGGAGGACUUACUGUGCAGAAGUGUCACUGAAGAGCGGACAAGAUGGUAUCCUUACAAGCUGCAGAUAGUCAUUUGCUCUCCCUGGCAUCACUGUUGCUGAACUUCAGUUGCCUGUGCUAUAAGAGUCCAUUCCAUCAUACAGGAGGUACCUGACAACUCUAAGCAGCACAAGGAAGUCUUUCCAUGCUUCUAAGGAUUCCCAUGCACCUUUAUUUUUUGGCAUACAUUUUUGUUACAAAAGUGUCAGGUAAGACUCACUGUGAGACGGAAGACACUGUGAACUUCCCCCCACCCCCCCGAUUGGAAGACUGCUUAGAAUUGCUGAAGAAAAGAAGACUUGUUUCCAUAACUUUUUCUUCCAACUAGGAGUUAAUGAGCAAAUAUUCCUUUAAUGGGAUUGAGAAUUACAUCUGAGAAGAACAUGUCAUAUCAAAAUAAAACUUGUUUUGCAUCUCACCCAAUAAUAAAGGAAGAAGUACUCUCCAAAAGAAGAUAUUUCUUACUGAAAAGUUUAACUUGGAAGAGUUGCAGACUUGAAUCUUGUAGAGCGUCUGUCCUUGCUUGAGACUGAGAAUGACUGCCUUCAACUUGAUAUUCUGCUUAUGUCAAGGAAUCAUUUCUUGCAACUCUUGGCUUUCCGCUGUUUUCAUGUUGGCACUAAUCUUGUGCAUCGGAAGCUUUUUUGGACUGUAGUUAGUCCAAACAGAAAGCUGGAAGAUGGACACACUUUAUUUGACUACAAUGUUGGACUAAAUGACAUAGUUCAGCUUUUGAUACGUUCUGAAUCUGAAGCACCAACCACCGCUUCUGGUACAGAUCAGGAUGGAGAGGUCAACCCCUGUGCUGUUUCCAACUGUAAGAACAAAGUCAAGAAAGCAACAGGUAGUGGAUCACCCAAUCAGCCAUCUACAUCAUCUCGCUCAUUUCUAAUUGAUCCUGGCAUUGGAUUGUACAAGAUAAACGAACUGGUGGAUGCCCGAGAUGUCAGCAUUGGAGCCUGGUUUGAAGCUCAUAUAGAAAAUGUUACCCGAGCAACAAAGGGACAUAAGAAUGGUAAAGCUCAAGGAAAGAGUGGUAAUACUUACAAAAGGACUAAUGGAAACUUAAGUCAAGAUCAUUCUAGAGAAAAUGCAAAUAAUUUGGACAGUACGCCAUCCACAUCUUACUCAGACUGUAUGGACACUGGUGAAGAAGCUAUUUAUCAUAUCAAGUAUGAUGAGUACCCAGAGAAUGGCAUAGUAGAAAUGGACACCAGUAAUCUUCGACCCCGAGCAAGAACCAUUCUGAAGUGGAGUGAACUAAAAGUGGGUGAUGUGGUGAUGGUUAACUACAAUGUUGAGACUCCAGAAGAAAGAGGAUUUUGGUUUGAUGCAGAAAUUACCUCUUUGAGAGAAAUCUCAAGGACUAACAAAGAGGUUCAUGCUAAAAUUCUGCUGGGAGGCCCAGAAGACACAAUAAAUGAUUGUAAAAUCCUUUUUAUAGAGGAAAUGUACAAGAUUGAAAAGCCAGGAGCUUAUCCGUUGACAUUUGGGGAUGGAGAUUUCAAAAGAAAGAGUGGCCCUGAAUGCAAGCACUGUAGGGCUGAUCCAGAUAAGGAAUGCCGUUUUUGCUCUUGUUAUUUGUGUGGUGGAAAACAGGAUGCUCACAUGCAGCUCCUGUGUGAUGAAUGUAACAUGGCUUAUCAUAUAUACUGCCUGAACCCUCCCUUAAGCAAGAUACCAGAAGAUGAGGACUGGUAUUGUCCUUCCUGCAAAAAUGAUUCUAAUGAAGUUGUAAAGGCUGGAGAAAAGCUCAAACAGAGUAAAAAGAAAGCAAAGAUGCCAUCUGCCAGUACUGAAAGCCAGAGAGACUGGGGCAAGGGCAUGGCCUGUGUUGGUCGCACUAAGGAAUGCACUAUUGUUCCUUCUAAUCAUUAUGGACCUAUACCUGGUGUUCCUGUUGGGACAACCUGGAAAUUCAGAGUUCAGGUGAGCGAAGCAGGUGUUCACAGGCCCCAUGUGGGUGGAAUCCAUGGACGCAGUAAUGAUGGAGCUUAUUCACUUGUAUUAGCUGGAGGAUUUGAAGAUGAAGUGGAUCGAGGAGAUGAAUUCACUUAUACUGGGAGUGGAGGUAGAGAUCUUUCUGGCAAUAAAAGAAUUGGAGAGCAUUCAUUUGAUCAGACAUUAACACAUAUGAACAGAGCUUUGGCCCUUAACUGUGAUGCCCCACUGGAUGAUAAAAAUGGAGCAGAGUCCAAGAACUGGAGAGCUGGCAAGCCAGUCAGAGUAGUGCGCAGCUCAAAAGGACGCAGGAUCAGCAAAUAUGCCCCAGAGGAAGGCAACAGAUAUGAUGGCAUUUACAAGGUGGUGAAAUAUUGGCCAGAAAUUGGAAAGUGUGGAUUUUUAGUUUGGCGCUACCUUCUGAGAAGAGAUGAUGUUGAGCCUGCGCCUUGGACUUCAGAAGGGAUGGAGCGGUCAAAGAAACUCGGUCUGAGUGUGCAGUAUCCAGAAGGUUAUUUGGAAGCCAUGGCUAGUAAGGAGAAGAAAGAUAAGGUUAAAAAGCAAACUGUGAAACAGGAGCCAACCAGCCAGAGUAAUGGAAACCAGAAAAGGACAAUUGACGAUGCAGGUAUAGAAGAACCUACAAAUACAUCCAAAGCCAUGAGAAUGGGAGACGGAGGGAAAGGAGAGGCUUUCCAGCUGACCCAAGAACAGCAGUGGCUGAUUAGAGAAGACUGUAUGAACCAGAAACUGUGGGAUGAAGUACUUGCUUCUCUUAAGGAAGGACCAGAUGCAGAUUUCAAGGAAACAGUAGAGUUUGUUACUGAUAACAAGGUUUGCACCUACAUAGUAGAGUUCUUUUCUAACUCAAAACACCAUAUUAAUGUAAAAAGUACUGGCUUUUAUUUUGAAGGUAAUGCAUUUUUCUCUCAAAAUACAUUUUUGUGUGGUGAGAUGAGAAAUAAGACUUCAGGAAAACUGGUUUCAGUCACUACUUCUUCUUUAGACAGAAAUGACAGCAAAUACCGUUUUUUCUCUUUGUUUAAGAAGGAGGCAGAAGUAUUGUCAUCUUCAAACGUUAAGACUUGCAUAUAAAAUGAAAAUAAGUAAAAAAAGAAAUACUUCCCUCCCCCUACAUGUCCAGAAAAUAGGAAGAAUAGUUCAAGAUUGAAGAAAUUAGACACUAGCACGAAAAAAACUAGAGAAGGAAUAUCCCUUGGCAUAUUAUAUUCUUCAGUGAUAACUAGUCUUAUCAAUAUCAAGUUCAGUUAUUUUAGCUGUUUUGCAGAAUAAGAAAUGAAGGCACUAAGAAGUUAAAGUGACUUGAUAAAGGUCAAUAUCAACUCAGGAAAAAAACCAGACCACUAGCUGGAAAAUGGAUGCCUAAAAAUGAACAUACAUAAUCUGUUAAUUUGAGAAUUACUUCUGGCUGUUUUUGCUGUUUCUGUGACAGAAGAAACCUCUGUAACUCCCUGUUCUUCCACUUAAAAUGCUAUCUUGGCUAUAAUGCUACUGCACUUCUAUUUGUGUAGGAGCUGAUACUGUAAAGUUAUUACAGCAAAAUACUGUAAAGUUACUACCUCUUAUCUGUGUACUGUCUAGUGUUUGUAAUUGAUUAGAAGGAAUUUCAAUUCUUAAAACUGUACGUGAUACAAUUUUAGGCGGGAGAGAUGUGUUUCAAAAAAAAGGAGAAAAAAGUAUUUUAAAGGCAGUCCAAUUACUAGAAAGUCUUUUUUCUACAGAUUCCUACACAUAAUUUUGAUAAAAAUUCUGUAUGGUUGCCACUAAAGGCAGUAGGAAUCAGAGAGCUAGCUUUAUGUAGCUGCAGUGAAAAUAUAAACCUUUUGCUUGAAACAACCACCUUUCCAUUUCAGAAGGUAUAGUUUAAGAUAUAUGUGAUAUUUUAAAAAUGAUUGUGUAAUACUGUAUUUUGAGUAACUGUAAAUCUACUUUUUUUUUCUCUCUCUCUAUACCCGUGCUGGUAUUU